AUGUGUGAUGCUAGUGAUACAACAAUUUUUGCAAUGCUAGGGCAGCGUAAGGAGAGGAGGUUUCAUUCCAUCUACUAUGCUAGCAAGACACUUGAUGCAGCUCAAUCGAACUAUACUGUCAUAGAGAAAGAGAUGCUAGCAUUAGUAUUUCCCUUUGAUAAGUUCAGGUCGUACUUGGUAGUCACUAAGGUUGUUGUUUACACUGACCAUGUUGCAAUCAGGGACCUGAUCAAAUGGUGUAAAUGUGUAUAUCUGAAAAGGAGGCAUUGCAAGUGUUUGAGAGUUGUCACUCUUAACCUUAUGGUGGACAUCACGGAGGAUGCUGCAUUUUUUGUGAAGGACUGUGAUCAGUGUCAGCGGGUGGGCACUAUUUCUAGAAGGCAUGAGAUGCCACUGAGCAACAUUAUGGAAGUUUAUAUCUUUGAUGUAUGCGGGAUAGACUUCAUGGGACCAUUCCCAUCUGCCAAUGGAAAUCAGUACAUCCUAGUGAUAGUGGACUAUGUGUCCAAGUGGGUGGAAGCAGUUGCUCUACCUUCUAAUGAUGCGAAGGUGGUAGUAAAGUUCAUCAAGAAGCAUAUAUUCACAAGUUUUGGGACUCCAAGAGCUAUGAUAAGUGAUGGAGGGACGCAUUUCAUCAACAGUUCAAUGCGAAAUCUGCUGGCCAAGAAGGAUUGGGCUGAAAAGUUAGAUGAUGAUUUGUGGGCUUACCGAACUGCAUACAAGACACCGAUAUGGACUUCUCCUUAUCAAAUAGUGUUUAGAAAAGCAUGUCACCUUCCAGCGGAAUUGGAGCAUAAAGCGUAUUGGGCUAUCAAGAAGUUGAAUCUGGAUUAUGAGUUAGCAGGAAAGAAAAGAAUAACACAGUUGCAUGAGUUAGAAGAAUUCAGGCUCCACGCGUAUGAAAAUGCCAAGUUAUACGAAGAGAAGACCAAGAGGUGGCAUGACAAGCAUAUUGUGUCACGCACCUUUGAGCCUAGGAAAUUGGUGUUGCUGUUUAAUUCAAGAUUGAAGUUGUUCCCCGGAAAACUUCGAUCUAAGUGGAGUGGAUGGUUUGAAGUUGUGCAAAUGACCCAACAUGGAGUUGUGGAGCUAAAAAACAAGGAUAAGAACUUCACUGUUCUUGUGAAUGAGCAACGAGUGAAGCACUAG